AUGUCUUUCAGUGAUAAUCCCCAGCUUCACCAUAUGGAGUACAACCAAGGCCAGCCCACCAUUGUACUGAUUCAUGGUGCCUUUUGUUCCGGCCUUUUCUGGGACCUGGUUAUCCCGCAUCUCAAUUCGUAUCACCUCUUGGUUCCAGAUCUUCCAGGCCAUGGAAAGUCCCAAACUAUUGCCCCGUAUUCACUCGAACUUUCAGCUACUCUCAUCGCCAACCUGAUUCGUGUCCACGCCAACGGCCCAGCUCACAUUAUCGGCCACAGUCUAGGGGCACAUGUUGCUAUUCGUCUAGCUUCGCAAGAGCCCGAGCUAGUCAGAUCUGUCUUUGUCUCUGGCUUCGAAGUCUUUCCUAAGACAGCGCUUACGCCAUAUAUACCUUACGCAGCGUGGAUUAUGCCGCGUGUGGAAAAUUGUCUCCCCCGUCCUCUGAUACGCUGGGCUAUGGACGGUGCUGAUAUGCCUCGCACGGAUACUUCAAAAUGUACACUCGAUCUAUGUCGGCAGAUUGUCUCGGCGGAAACACCAUAUGAGUGGCCAGUAUCAUGGCCCGCGCGGACGCUAAUUGUUGCGGCUGGGAAGGGAGGGCUCAUACCAAGCAGCGAUCACCCACAUGAUGCCGUGAAGCUGAUGACUAUUGGAAGAGAGCUGAACGACGAGACUGUUGCAUAUACACAUAUGGAUAUGCGCCAUCCAUGGAAUCGCCAGGCCCCAAAGCUUUUUGCAGAAACCGCUGAGGCAUGGUUUGAGCAAAGAGGGUUGCCCGAAGGAUUUGUGAAGCUAUGA